GACUCCGUCCUGCGGCGGAGCAACGUAAAUUCACUUCACGGCCCAUGCGUGGCUUUCUCCUAUCUCUGCGCCUUUUAACCCCUUUCAACAGUGCUCUACUCUGGCCUUGUCAUUUACUUGUUAUUAAUGGCGCCUCCCGACUCUGCUAAACGCGACACUACUUCUGCCAAAGUUACUGCAGCCAGAGCGGAUGAAACUCAGUCGCCUGGCACACGCAAAAGGCAUUGCUGCAAGAAAUGUGGGAAGCCGAUGCUCGGCCAUAAGCGCGGACAAUGCUCUGUAGAUACGACUAACAAAGUUGUAACUAUGGAUGAACCGUGCGGCGUCAGCGAGCAACUCGCCACACUACGCAUCGGUGAUCCUGAUGGCAGUGAAGAAAUCGACGGAAACAACAAGGCUGAUAAGGUGGACGAGUGCGACAGGCGGAGGCAUUUCUCGGAGGGGUUUCAAGAACCGACAAAUGUGGAGACCCCCGAGCCUGCCUCGCAUACUUCCGAAGGCAAUACUGCUCGAAAAUCUGGGGUAAAACGUGGCGCACAGUCUCGGGACGUCAUCGCAGAUCCAGAUACCAGCUCAAAAAUUCAGCACUGGCUUGAGGGCGUUCCUGCGGCGGAAUGUUUGAAAGGAAGCCGCCGGAAACGGCUGUCUGUUCCUCCUGUGGAACCACCGCGCGAUUUCGAUGCUAUGAUUGAUUUGCCGCAGCAGCAGCAGAAGAGUGCAAUUACAAAGUCCCACCGGCUUCCGAACACUGCAUAUAUGUUGGAACGGACAUCGAGUGUGACAGAACGAGAGCAAUUUUUCAGCCAGCUCGUGCAAAAAUCAAAGAAGCCGAUUGCUGGCGUGUUCACGAUAGAUAUGAAAGAAAUCCGGGAAUUGGAGCAGCACGCAAGGCGUCUCAACUUUCAUGCCCGCGUCAUUGCUCCCGAGUAUGCUGAUGGGACUACUGGACUUGGUUGGCUUGUAGUUGGAAAAGACGAAGAUAGUGUAAAGAAGCUGUUUUCUGAGGUAGAAGGGGAUGUGAAGAGCGGACACAGCUACAUGGCGACCCUAGGCACUGUCGCAACUGAGUCGUCUUCCUCGACCUCUCUCCUAGUCCUCAACCUGAUUUCUACCCUCCUCGCCCUCGCCACUCCUCCAGAUUACUUCCGUGUGCGCUCUGUCUGUACCUUACUCUGCUAUUUUGCCUGUGCUCGACUCGUCUUCACCCACAAAACACACCAAAUUCGCGUAUCCAUGUCCGCCCAUUCCCCGUCACCCUCUCCAGGUCCGCAGAGAAAACCGCGUACAUGUAGGACGUGCGGGUUGCCGAUGAAAGGUCACCAGCGCUCCACCUGCAUACCAUCGCACAGCAUGCACCAGCAAACAUCGUCAUCCCUUAUGCCGCCACCGGACACGACAAUGCCAGGUCCGUCGCAAAUUGGCGCGCGUUUACCCGCGCCGAAUACGCGUCCUAUCAUGCCUGGCUCGUACGGGAACGACCGUCCGAGUGAAAUCUCUGGAUCACCCGGACCAUCUGGACCAUCUCCCACGCGUUCUCUACGGGACCGUAUCGGCGCCAAAAUUGAAGAAGAGAGCGCUGUCCUACCGCCUUAUACUAGUGAGAUGCAUAAUGCGCAAUAUCCAAGACGUGUUUCUGCACCGCUAGAAAGUUAUCCAACGAUGAUUAUUGGAGGAUCGACCGGUUACGCCGCGUCCGCGUCUGGAUCAGCGUAUGGUUCGUCGUCGACUAUUGUUAUGCCUGAACACAGUAUAUCGCACCGUUUUAUUCGACACGAUCGAGCAACAAGUGAAGGGCCCAAUCAGUUCCCAAACCGACUAGCAGAUCGUCUUGGUGGGUACGAGACUGACGGAUACGAGGGUGCUGAUAACGACGAUUAUGACGACGAUGGUAUGUACGAACUUGAUCAUAGUUUUGAAGACGGGGAGGAGAGCGGAUCAGAUCCUGCUUAUCCCUCGGAUGGCUCUGUUGUAGGCGGAGGCGCAUCGGCUUCAUCGUAUUAUGCUUCUGAGUCAGACGCCGGGACGUUUUCAACAGCGGGUCUUAGUAGUGCACCGUCAUUUGGCGCUCUCGUCCGUGGAAGCGGGGCUUCCCAAUUAUACACGGCUUAUGAAGUUGGCGCGAAGUAUGUUCCCUUUUUACGUGAUCGAGCAAGACGAAGAGGGUAUGCGCUACAUGUUGUACCUGGCUCGCAAGAAGACGUGAUGGAUGAGAAUGGGCGACGAAAAAAGAGUUCACGAGAACCUGGAAAUGUACGGAUUGUACUCGGACGGGACGAAGCUGCUUUGAAGCAAGUCACUCGACGGGUCGCUCGUCAAAGUUCGGCGCUUCCAGGUCCUAGCAGACAAAUGCGAAACCGAACGCGAUCCAUCGUAGGCGACCCGCAAGCACAUUUUUAUUCUCCUCAGCCGCCUCACCCUCCGCACUUCCAAAGUCCGUACCCUACACCUCAACCUGGUCUCCCGUAUCCUCCUCCAGCAUCAGCCGUCCAACCUCAACCACAACUGAGUUCGUGGAGAUCGUUCUGUCUUACGAUUACCGUGACCGUGGCCGCCGUCGUUGUCUUACUCUUUGCACUCAUCGGAGUCUUGGUCAUUUUCGCGCGUGCGCCGGAGUGAUAAUUUCUCUCCCUCCGCGCGUUCUUCCUGUACUAUCACUUGUACGGGAUAUUCUUCUGGUAGCACUGGCACCACCCGCUCCCGAGAUGAAGUUAAAAAUCAAGCCAGUCCGGAUCUAGAGCCUUCACGCAGAUCCGGUCGAUUUUCACGUUGAUUCACUUCUUUCAAAGGAUCUGUAGGGGAUUUCGCCAGUCUGAGCUUCAGCUUCGGGAGAGAGGAGAUAUCACGUCACGAAGAAGUGAGGUGAAGGGCAGUGUAGAGCAAAAAAGAAGUUAAACAAGAACCAAAGAGGCGCACCAAGGAUACGUGGUUGCGUGCCCUGUCUCACAAGCGGUUUAGUUAGCACACGUAUCUCAAACAACAAAGCAAUUUUCACGUCUUUGUGCAUUUAGGCCACCCGUAUUUCCAACCCCAUAUAUUUACCUCAUCUCUCUUAUCUUUCUCAUCUCAUCAUUUCUCUUUCUUCUUCCUCCGUUCCUGCGUGUAUCUUGCAUCGGUGUGUUUUUGGUCUCUUCUUUUCUCUUAUUCAUCUAUAGUCCGUUAUUCGAUUCAUUCUGUGUUUCUUCUAGUCUGUGUGUUAUUUCUGUACUUUUCUUCUCUUUCGUCUCGAAAUUUAAUCUGUUGUUUGUUUGUCUACCUGUGUCUGUUCUUUCUGUGCCAAUCCU